AUAAAAGGGCAUUGCUUCCGCUUACAGGGUACAUCUAUAUCUUUGUCUCUAAAACGUUAAAUUUUACAUCGUCACCACAUUGGAAGCUAUAUAGAAUAAAACAGUUGAAAGUGAUAAAAAAAAACUGCGUGUUUACAUAAGUUAGACAACCCAAUAACAACGGUAUAUUUUACUGAAAAUCAUAAGAAGUUAUUAACGAAAAAAAAAGUUAUACAACGUUACAAAACUUAAUUUAAUACAUAAAUGAUUAGUCAAGUUAGAAUAUAAAUUUUUUGGUCAGUAGACCAAAACGAUCAAAUAUGACACGGAAUAACAGAAAACGAGGACGUAUUUUAGAGGAAGAAUCUAGCGAGUUCAUGCCAUUAAGUAAAAGGAUCAAUAAUCUUCAUAUCAAUGGUUUAUCUGGACUUCAAGAAAGUACAGCCGAAAUGGAAUCUGAUUGGGGAGGCCCUAAUUUUAUUCCUUCUCCAAAUUAUUCAGAACCUUCUCAAAGCUCGCCAUUACAUGACACUUGUGCUUCUAGCCAAAGUAGUUACACUGCCGAUUACAGGCCUGAUCUUGAUGCAACAGAAAAUCCAUUUUACUAUGAAAGCAAUAAAUUAUUGUUUUCUUUGUACAUGGAACGUAUGCAAAGAGCAGAUAUGUAUUAAUAAUGGCUUAACUUUGCAUAUUUUAAAGGUAUUUUUUAUUUACAACUUAAUCAUUCCUUUGGAUAACUUUAUAAAGCCAUCAAGUUUGUCAGUCUUAGGUAUUAAUCUUUGCAAUUUGAAAUUAGUUCAGUUACAUUACAUUUCUAAUAUCAGUACCUUUUAUUAUAUAAUGUCUAUAUCGCAAAUUAAUUAUAAUACAUUAAAAUUAAUUUCCUAAUUUUCCUAAUUUUCCUUGAUAAUUUAUCUCAUCGCAAGGAGAGAAGAUUAAAUGUCUUAUAUAAUAUUUAUUUCUUUAUUACCAAACACUAUGCAUGUCUAAAGUAUAUUAAAUUAAUGAAUUCAAAUGCCGUAUGUGAUUUAUUGUAAUUGUAUUUAUAUUUCUAUUGUUUGUAUACAUUGAUAAUUUGUGUGAGAAAUAUUUGGUUAUUAUUAAAUUUUUACAGAUUGUGGUUUACAAAGGAGAGAAAUAAUACAAAUAAAAUAAGAUACGAUUGAGUCAGGUUUAUUUGUUAUUUUUCUUUAUUUUUUCCAACAAUUAAAUUAUAAGCUUAUUUAGAAAGAUUUAUUACGUUUAAUAUGUGUAAUUAUUCAUGAAUGAUAAAUGCUCUGUAACAUAAAGAAAAAAUAGACAAUGAUCUUAUAUAUAUACUCGAAUUCGUAAUUUAGAUAAUACGAAUUAAUUGUUAAUAAUGUUCCAAUCUACAUUUUCAAUUUCAAAUUUCCCGCUAUUAAACGAAUAAUUGUAAAUCAACCUUAACAUUAGCUGGGACACGAGUCCGACGUGAACGCACUCUGAUGAGACAAUAAGAACGAACGACAUAACCUUUCGACCAAACGUUGAUACAACAUUGAGAGGGAAGGAGACGCACGCGCACGCUCAGUGUAACAUUUAUUUCUCAAUAUCGCAUGGCCACCCAUAUUGAGAUAGUAAAACGGUUAGUCGAUCUUUCAUCGUGUCUUUUAUCAUAAACAAUAUAUAAUUUGUGAAAAAAAAAAAAAAAACGAUAGUCUUGCGACGAUUAGGAUAAAAAUCGUUAUAACGUUUUAGUAAUUCAGAAGGAAUCGACGAAGCCACACGAGUAGAACGCGCGUAGCUAUUUCCUUUCUCUCUUUUCACACUUUCGCACGAUAUAUAGAUAUGUGUGUGUGUGUGUGUGCUUGUACGUGAGGGCGCGCGUAACCCACCGCCAUAGUUAAUCAUAUCCCUUGAUGGAAUGUUAAAUGAAGGCGCGCGCGCGCGCGCGCGACACACGUUUUACCGCCUAUCGGACCAAUAAUUGUUCGAAACAGAAUAAAAACACGUAUAAAGUAGGAAAAUAGAAUAAAUUAAAAAAGAGAGAACGUCUUAGAGAAAUAAAUGUCAAGAGAAAGUUGAAUGAAUUAGAAAGAAAUAGACAUAAAGCAAAUAGAAACAGGGAGAGAGAGAAAGGAUGUAUUAAAAGAAAGUAAAAAAAAAAAGAAAAAGAAUAAAAAAAA